CACUACCUCGCGAUGGCUCGAUAGCCAACUCUUUAGAAAACACCGAAAAUGCCGUCGAAAUCACGAGUGGAUGCCGGCAGGGCCGCAGGCGCUCCCCACUAUGACAACGGCUCAGACAGUGAUGAUUAUGACCUCCGGCCUUCGGCUGAGCACUCGGAUGACGACCAUGAUCUGCUGGAAUCAGAGGACGAGCGCGAGCGACUCUUGACACAGGAAGAGGGCACCUCUGGCCUGUUCGGUUCCGGUGUAAAGAUCGGGAAGCGCGAUGGUGGCCGAAAGAAAGCGGAGAUGACAGAGCGCAAGAGAGGCGUCAGCACCGGGGCAAGCACGCCAAUAUAUGACACUGAGGAAGCAGCCGGCGAAUCGACGUCAAAUCUAUUGCGGUCAGAACGUAGCUCUGAGAGUGAUCAGCAGCGGCUCCUCGCGACCAAGGCGCUGAAGAAGGCAAAGCGCUCGAGACGAUGGCGAAGCAUUUGCAUAUACACAUCGAUCAUCGGCUUCUUCUUCGUGUUGCUUGCCUUCGUGUACCGUCUCUCGAAACCCAGGGACAGUAAGAUCGCAGCGUUCGCAGCAACAGCUGCCUCGAACGGAACCUCCCUCUUCGCACCGACAACUAUAUUAAUCUCGCUCGACGGCUUUCGUGCCGAUUUUCUACACCGCAACCUCACACCUACACUCAAUGACCUCGUAGCGCGAGGCAUCUCGCCGAAGUACAUGCUACCCAGCUUCCCAAGCGUUACAUUCCCCAAUCACUACACAAUGGCCACUGGUAUGUAUCCCGAAGCGCAUGGGAUUGUGGGGAACACUUUCUGGGAUCCGAACUUGCAGAAGGAGUUCUACUACACCGAUCCCGAGCGUAGUCUGCAGCCAUUCUGGUGGGGCGGGGAGCCCUUCUGGGUGACAGCAGAGAGGCAGAGCGUCAGAACCGCAGUGCACAUGUGGCCAGGCUCCGAAGCUCACAUAGAAGACCAGCAGAUCGCCUAUGUGGACAAAUACAACGGCUCAGAAGUGUUGGACAGGAAAGUCGAUCGUAUCAUGGACCUGCUCGAUGUACCUGGUCCCAUGGACAUAGGCGCAAAGGCCAGCACGCCUCGACCGCAACUCAUCGCAGCGUAUGUACCCAAUGUUGACGGCGAUGGCCAUAGAUACGGACCGAAUAGCACGCAGAUUCGCCAGACCAUCUCCAGUGCGGAUGCCAUGGUCGGUGGCAUCCUCAAAGGUCUACAAGAGCGCAAUCUCACCAACAUUGUGAACGUCGUUGUCGUCUCCGAUCAUGGUAUGGCCACCACCGAUGUGUCCCGUAUGAUCCAGCUCGAGAAUUUGAUCGAUCCAGACGAGCUCUCACACGUUGACGGCUGGCCUCUGUAUGGGUUGCGACCUAAGAACCGAGACCGCCUUUACCCAUUGUACGACAAACUUGUACAUGAACACGGGGACAAUCCAAAUAUCGAGAUCUAUCUGCGCGAAAACAUGCCUGAGCGUUACCACUUCUCAAACAACGAUCGUAUUGCACCGCUCUGGAUCAUACCAAAGGCGGGCUGGGCGAUCGUGACGAAGAGCGAGUUCAACGUCGAAGAGGGCAAGAAGAAGGGUGAAAUAUACCAUCCACGAGGUUUACACGGCUACGACCACGAACACCCACUCAUGAGGGCGGUCUUCGUCGCUCGCGGCCCCGCGUUCCCACACACGCCUGGCAGUCGCAUGAAGCCGUUCCAGAAUAUCGAGCUCUACAAUAUCAUUUGCGACUCAGUUGGUCUGAUACCCGCGCCUAACAAUGGCACCCUUCGGCUUCCACUGAAACCUGUGGGCUUACACAACGACGAUGAGGACUCGGCCGACGAGACACCUCACGAUCCUGUCGACACCCACUCGCUGACUUCUGCACCACCCUCUGCAGCGACCAUGUCUGCAACUACGUCCUCACUGUCGAGCCUUGCCGCUUCGGCGUCUGGUCUUGAGGCUACGACAGCGUCUCUCGAAGGCAGCGCGUCGGUAUCCGCGAGUGCUACAUCAAGCGCACCGCCUGCAGCAAGCAGUAAGCCGGUGCACAAGCAUUGGUGGGACUGGUUCACAGACAAGGCAGAUGAUAUUGAGGAGUGGGUAGAUGAUUUUGUGCACAAACACAAUCCCCUUGAUGAAGAAGAUAAGGAGCAACAGGGUUCAUAAGGUUCCGGCGAUCUCAGACGUUUUGUGGCUUGUAUAGAUAUCAGGAGUCUUGUUCAAUGAUACC